GCCACCCGUAGCCCUCCAAGCUGCAGCACUGCCAAGGCAGCAAACUAGGAGAACACCCACGAUGAAGCCACACAUCCGAAGUGAUCCAUAUCUCUGGGACGGUACCAUUAUGGCUUCAUGCCAUGUUCCCAACGAUGUAUAAUGUAGCUACUACCAGUGGUAGCUGGCGAAGAACUUGCCCCCGUUAUUCAAGAAGAUGCCCAAGGGUGGCAAUGUUACCAGCGAGAGGAAGUUGGAGGCGCACCUUUCCUCCCCCAACCUGGAUGAGUGCGCACCUCAUUUGCCUUGCACGCGACUGCAAUUCAAAGUGUGACGAAAGGAACACAACUGAGACGCAUUGUAUCAGUGAAGCCAAGGCCACCAAGCCAGCUACCAUUUAAAUCUAGCUAGCUAGAAGCGUGCAGGGAGUCAACAAGCUUUCCCAUACCUGGUACACACGGACGAGAAAAAUGACAGAGAUGCGAAUUGAAACGCGUAUCUUUUAGAAUUGCCUCGCCUUGACGAAGAAAGAUACAGCGUCAGGGCAACAGGGUAAACUUUGAAUAUUUACACUGGGUUGUUAGGCGUGGCAAAUCUGCCCGGCAUCAGCGUAUAUCAAUAAGAACCGCCCGAGCGAUGCUCGACGUGAACGCUUGGAAUGGACGAACAUCAUGCUACCCAUGGCACCAGCAACAGCGCCGUUGGUCAUCACCAUCUUUCCUUUGGACCAGAAGCAUGGAAGAAGAAACAGCAGCAGCCAACAGAACGCCUGUCUUUCAAUGGAGUACGCCAGUAGUAAAGAGAAGCUGUAAAAACAUGACGAGAUACGGCUUCCAGCUAUCCGAGAUGAAUAAGCAGGCCAACCGAAUCACCGUUGCGAUCUUGCUAUCCGAAAACUCUCUCCUUUAUUUUUCACAAACACAGACGAGUACAUCACCCAAAAUCAUUCUAAAGGUAUCCAACGUCAACGACAACCAUGUUGUGGAGAAGAGUAAACGCCUUUCUGGCCAACCGGAACAAUCGGUUCUCGGUAUGCAUGGCAUUGGUCUUGAUGACCGGCGGCACACUGAUCUUUCGCUGGUCCUUCCCUGAUCAAGCAAAAGCCUUGUUUGACCCCAUGCAGGCCGAAUUGGAAUCCGUGUUGGCACAUGACAAGCUACGAGCCAACAACAAAAAGGCGGCAACGCCCAAAAAGACGUACAAGCUUCCACCUCCGAUUUCCUACUUUAAACAUGGCAACGAUGGCCUGGAUGAUGCUUCUUACUGCAUCCACAAUUCCACCAGUGACUAUUGCUGCUCGGAGGAACACUGUGCUACCAUUGUCGCUCGAUCGACCCUCUACUCGGAAUGCUGCGGCAAUGUACACAACAACAAGACCGGGUCGAGAUCCCAGAUUUUCCCCUUGCUCAUUACAUCGGCGCCACGAGGAGGAACAUGGUUCAUGCAGCAGCUCUUGACCAAGACUGGACUGCAGGGGCUCACUACCGACGAACAUACUCCACAGCAUUUGGGAACCGUCUCGUGGAAGCACAUUUUUCAUCAGGACAAGUACUACUUUGGAAGGCAGUCUACCACGCAUCUCUACAAGAGCAAGUUUCGUGUCAUUUGGCACUUGGUACGAGACCCACUCAAAACACUUACUAGCAUUGCCUUUACCGAUCCGCUCUGGGAAGAUUCGGAUCACAGCCGCAUCUACAUGAACUACAUUGCCAGUCAUAUUCCCAUUUCCAACAAGACGGUCCUCAUGACACAAUUUAACAUUACCAAAGAAGAGUUGGAGGGAGUCAUGCAGCACCGGACCAUUGCCAUGAACCGCAACCCGAAGCUCUCCCAUUUUCUCAUCUUUCGUGGACUGGAAAUCUACUUGUAUUGGCAGGGGUUCAUCAACUAUUUGAAUGUGCCCAUCUUUCGCUUGGAAGACUUGGCAGUGGAUAAGAAUGUCACGAUUUUGGAUGAGAUCUUUCGAUCCGUGGGACGAGAUCCACCGAGCCAUCAACGAGUCAUCCAAGUGCUCGAAGCUCAACAAAUCAAGAGGCACGAGCAUCAAAGGCGACGAGAGUUGCGUCGUCAGUUGCAGUUGGGAGCUUACAAGGGAAAUGCUCGUGGCGAUCGCAUCCGCAAGGGAAGUAGGAUUCAUCGAGCAACUCUGACGUGGGAGGAGCUCUGCGAGGUUAGUGAGAAGAAAGCACUCUCCAUGUUGAAAAUGAGCCAGUCGUUUGGAUACUAUUUGGACGUCGACAGAGCGACCUUGUGCAAUUAGUUAAUACGAAGAUGACGACGGUGCUCCCAAUCUAUAAUCUCUUGGUGGGCAGCACCAUUACCUGUACCGGUUGGCAGCCCUUUGAAUGCGUAUUUCAAAGUGACAGAAGGGAAUGUGACACUAGCAGCUGCAGCCAACAAAAGCCCUGUCGUUUACAUCUACUAAUCCCCCUUACAUAUAUUACUAGCUCCAUACCUACUUUGCUCCC